GCAUCGGGGCCUACCUCCUUGAUGCCAUCCAAUAUUCCUUCUCAAAUCGAUCUAUCGCCGCCACAAUUAGCUGGCCCUCUUCCAGGAGCUCAAUCCGAUCAUGGAAUGCCUCAGCCUGCGCUAGGUGUCUAUCAGCAUCACAACAUUCAACUUGACGACUUCAGUCGUCUCGUUGACUCGCUCAAGAUUAUAUCCUCGACGGGCAAUGAGCAACGGGAAGCUGGUUCUUUCCAACCACCUCGAUUUAACAAGGAACAUGGCCUCGGGGAUCUCAAUAGGACGGCACAACGCCAAGUAGGGAGUGGUCCAUCCUAUGCCCAUCUAGUUGAUACUCUUCGCUCUUCCAUCUUCCCCUCGUCCGUGGAAGCAAUUUCUCGUGUUGCUCCCGGCACCGAUGAAAUGUCCGCGGUUCCAGGAAUUAAUGCCGGUGUUCACAAAUUUGCUCCAGGCGCUAUCACUGCCAGUGGUUUCUCAACCUCUCAACCUCUCCAUCUUCAAGACCUCUCCCAAUUGCAACCACCACAACUACAGCUCCCUUACACCACGCCUGAGCAAGCACUUCGUCUUCUGCAGGCUGCAGUCCUUGCUCAAGAUCGCUUCAUGGGAUCGAUGAAUGCCGCUACGACGUUUGAGAGUGGUCUACAGCCCCUGGAACCAAAGGCAUCGUCUGAUAGACAAUGGAUGGGAAUUGAAGAUGGUAACGCGGCUCCGUUCCUCAACAUGAGCCCAAUGCAGCGUCUUAGUAGUGCGCAAAGUGCCGCUAAUCCCAUACCAUCGACAGCAAGUAAAGGCCAAUCUUUCAAUAAACCAUCACACGGUCGAAUCUAUCGUCCAGGAAUCAAGAUUCCUCCGCCUAUUCUACCAGGAUUGGACUUUGGUCGUUCUGGAGGUGGGCUAAUGGACUCUGGAAGCGGGGCCAGUGGUCAGUUACGCCGCACUUUCAACACAUGUCCCGAGGCUUCGAUACAGAGGAAGAAGUGA